AUGCCGUCCCUGCGGAGCCGUCGGCGGACGCGCGACGAGUCGGAGGAGCCGGCGCGCCGAACGCGCCCUCGCCGCAGCGCAACGCGCGUCGUGAGCGAGGAGGAAGACGAGUCAUCGGACGUGUACAGCGACUCGCGCCGCGACGCGUCGGAAAGCGACGAGGAAUCCGGCGAAGAGUCGGGCGAAGAGGGCGACACCGUGCACGUCGAAGGGCGCGACUACCGCAUCGAAGACGACCAGCUCGCGCUCGACACGGACGCAGCGGGCGAGAAAAAGGUCGACGCUUCGGGGCGCCUCCAGGGAGGACGCGCGUACCGCGUGCCGACGUUUACGCUGCCGGACCGCGCCGAUCCGGAGCGUCUGUAUAUGCUGUCGAUCGACGUCGCGCGUGCCCUCGGGUUCCGCGAGUCGGCGUACUUCUUCCGCAAGCACCCCCUCCUGCACAAGGUCGUGCUAUCGCCCGAGGAAAAGGAGCACCUGAUGAGCGAUUCGCGCCUCACUGCCCAGCUGCGCGUCCGCAACGUGACGAUCGUCACCGCGCGCUCCGUCUUUCAGCUGGUCGGCGCACGCAUCAUUACGCGCGGCCGCAUGGUCGUCGACGACUACUACGAGGCGAAUGCGCGCCGCGAGGGACACAAGGAGGGCGCGCUGGUGAGCAUGCCGUCCAUCGAGGAGAUCCUUCGCGCCGAGCGCCGCCGGGAAAGCGACCGCGAGCGCGAGCGCGGCCGCCGCCGCCCGGACGCGGCGACCUAUACAACGAUCGACCCGCAGGGCGAGGCGGUCGUCACGACGUUUGGCGAUGCAGGACAUACGCCGUUCGAGCGCGCAGGGCAGUGGACACAGCGCCGCCUAGCGCUGCAGCGCGCCGAGCUCACGGAGGAGAACUGGAUCGCAGAGUACGCGCGGGGCGUCGCGUCGCUCAACGCGGACAUUGCAGAGGGACGCCGCGAGCGCCUGUCUGCGCUGCCGAAUAGCACAGCGCGCACGGCCGUCGAGCCGCUCCAGGACGCCCAGGCAAUGGUCGCGUCGGAAGACGAGCAUCUGCUGCACGACGUGCGCCCGCCGUGGGAGCGGAGCGAGGACGCGGCGCCGCGCAAGGCGCUCAAGGAGGCGGCACGCCUCCAGCAGGUGCGCACACGCCGCGAGCGCGAGCCGCCGGUGGGCGUGUACGAGCCGCACACACAUAUGAUGCAUGUCGCGCGCGAGACGCAGCCAAAGCAUGCGUACAUCGUCAAGGUCAGCGAUACGCCUCAGCUGCAGGCGCCUGACGCGCAGCGGGCGGGGCUCGCGACCGUCGAGACGAGCGUGCGGAUGGGGCGCUAUAGCACGUAG